AUGUCCUAUAACCACAACCAGGUUGAUUACAAUGAGAACCAGCCGAGUGCACCCCCUCCCCGUACUGUGUCCCUGAUGGACGUCUCCCCCCAACCCCCUGAUAAGCCCCUUCCUCCCAUGCCUCCUGGUCAUAACAAGGAGAAGAGCAAGUUUUUCACAUACUUCCUCAAGAAACCUGGUCGUAAUAAGAUAGAGAUUUCCAGCCCACAAGACUUUUCACAUCAAAUGCACGUAGGAUUUGACCAAGAAUCUGGAGAAUUUGUUAAUUUACCAAAAGAAUGGGAAGUUCUUCUCAGUACAUCUGCCAUCAGUAAAGAAGAAACCAAGAAAAAUCCCGAGGUUGAUGUGUGGAGUUUGGGCCGUCCUACCUUCAUGGGCUAUUGA